AUGCCCCCAAACUCCAAGAGUAAGAGAAGAAAGAACAAAUCCAAGCAACACAAUAAGAAAAAUGGGAACUUGGAUCCUGAACAAAAUAUAAAUCCUACGCAAUUAGUACCUCGAAUGGAGCCCGAGCUAUAUCACACAGAAUCGGAUUACCCAACUUCAAGAGUAAUAAAAAGAGCACCCAAUGGCGACGUCAUCGUAGAAUCAAUAAAUACGGACGAUGAUAAGAAAAAGCGUACGGCGAAUUUGAGCCAUACUAAAGAUGAUAUGGAUUCAGCUUCUACAUUAGCUUUUACUCUAGAUUCUCACUGGGAAUCAUUAUCGCCAGAAGAAAAGAAAACUAUUUUACGAAUCGAAAAGGAGGAAGUAUUUAACGUCAUAAGAAAUUAUCAGGAUGAUCAUAGCUGCAGUUGCUCCGUUUGUGGACGCCGUCAUUUAGCAAUGGAUCAAGAAAUGGAGCGUAUAUAUAAUACACUUUACGCCAUGGAUAAGGAUAAAGACCCCGAAACCAAUCCUGUCAAAUUUCACUUAGGCAUAAUAAAGGAGCUACAAAUUUCCAAAAAUCAACAACAGAAUGAUUUUUCUCCCACAAAAGGUGAAGCUGGAAAAGAUUUCCUUUCAUCGAGUACAGUUGGCUCCCUGAAAGAGGAAGUGCUGCAUUUCAAACAAAAGCAACUUUCAAAACAAGAACCAACACAUAAUGAAACAGCGGACAACACUUCAUUACUUGAAGAAAAUUUGAACAAUAUACACAUUAACGAAACUCCUAGAGCAAUUUCCACAAGUUUUGAUUCUGUGAGCGACGAGGAGUUGAAGCAAAAAUACUCUAACUUCACAAAAACAUUUAUUUCAUCCCACCCUAAAAUAGCGCAGGAGUACGUUCAAAAAAUGAUGAUGUAUCCAAAUAUUAGAGCAUUGACUGAUGAUUUAAUUAAUAGCAACGGACAAGGCUUUCUAAAUGCGAUUGAAGACUUUGUGCGAGAUGACCAGAGACCAACAUCAAAAAUAGACGAUAGCACCACUGAAGAUAAAGCUUCUUACGCAGAUUUAACUGAUCCAAAGGAGUUUACGACAAUGCUACAUAGUGGAAAACCUCUAACAGAAAACGAAUAUUCAGACCUUCAGCGCAACAUUGCUGAGAGGAUGACUAAUGCGUACGACACAACAAGUAAGCAAUUCAAAGACGUAUCACAGUUAGAGAAGGAGCUAUUUACACGAUUCAUGUCAGGAAAGGACAAAAAAUCUUUCAGAGAGUUGAUAAUACAAUCCUUUAGAAAAAAGUUCGAUGGGGAAUUAGGUCCAUCUGUCCUGGCAGCCACUUUAAGUUCGUGCUUUUCAUCUCAAUCGAAGGAUAAUUCGUUGGAUACUGAUUCUAUAUACGAAGAUGAAGAUGAAGAAGAUUAUGAUGACUACUCAGAAUACGCUGAAGAUAGCGAAGAGGCUUCUGAGUAUGAAGGGGUAGAGGCAGUCAAAAAACUUGCACAGUAUGAUGAAAAAAAUGAUGAGGUACGUGACAUAUUGCAUUUGAGUCAUGAUCACGACCGUAAACGAGAGAACCAUCCUCACCAUCACUAUCACAGUGUCAGUACACAUAGCGAGGAUGAAUUGAGUGAAGAGGAAUGCGUCUCCGAUAUCGAAUUACCGCAUGAUCCUCAUCAACACUAUCACCACGAUGAUGGAAUCCUAGACGAAGAUGAAGAUGACUUGGAGGAAGGGGAUGAAAAUGAAGAGGAUGAUGAAGAUGAUACUUAUGACAGCGGUCUUGAUGAAACCGACCGUUUAGAAGAAGGUCGAAAGUUGAUUCAGAUAGCCAUUACGAAAUUGCUUCAAAGUCGAAUAAUGGCUUCAUAUCAUGAGAAACAAGCAGAUAACAAUAGAUUAAAACUCCUACAAGAACUAGAAGAAGAAAAGAGAAAAAAAAGAGAAAAGGAAGAAAAGAAGCAGAAAAAAAGAGAAAAAGAGAAGGAAAAGAAGAGACUACAACAAUUAGCCAAAGAGGAAGAAAAACGAAAAAGAGAAGAGGAAAAAGAAAGGCUGAAAAAGGAAUUAGAGGAGCGUGAAAUGAAAAGACGAGAGGCUCAAAGGAAAAAAGUUGAAGAAGCCAAACGGAAGAAAGAUGAGGAAAGAAAACGUAGAUUAGAAGAGCAGCAGCGGAGAGAAGAGAUGCAAGAAAAGCAACGCAAACAGAAAGAGGAACUGAAACGCAAGAGGGAAGAGGAGAAGAAACGUAUUAGAGAACAGAAAAAAAUAGAACAAGAAAAGCUACAAAAAGAAAAGGAAGAAGAGGAGAAACAAAGAUUAAUCGCAGAGGAUGCGCUGAGAAAACAGAAAUUGAGCGAAGAACAGGUACCUGCGGACAUCCGUUCUACAAAACCUCUUACUGAGAAUGGAGUUUGCAACUCUGUUGCAUCUCAAUUGCAUCCCGACAUGAUUAGUUACCAAGAGGAUAAUGGUCGCAGUAUCAAUGAUGAAAUACUUAAAAUGGUUAGUAGCGUAGCGGCAUCCAAACCAGUUUCACCAACCGGAUUUAACAUUCAUGAUCUGCUUCUUCCUUCAUCUGACAACCAGAUAGCUACUAUGGAACAAUCACAUUUGUCUCAUCCAGGCAACCAAAACAGCCAUUUUGGAAGCGCAACUAUUCCAAAUGCGUUAGAUUUGUCUGCAAAAUCUUCCUCACAGGCUGAAAACAACUAUUUGAUGAACUCGCAAACUCUGGAAAAUACUAGUCUGUUGGUGCCUAAUGGCUCAUCGCCAACUAAGCUAUUGCCAAAUGCCUUUGGUUUAUCAUCUUGGGAUGGCUUGACAAAUACAUUGUCCAAUAACCCUACUUGUAAACCACCGAUUAUUCAAACAACAAGAAUGGAAUCAGAAGCCCAGAAAUCCAGUCCUCAACCAGCCAUACCAUCUUUUGGACUACCCAACGAUGGUACUCAUCGGAAAUCGUUUACUGACGAGUUAAACUCUUUGACUAGCAUGCUGUCCUCUGCUGGGUUCGCGGAUACAUCACUUUCAUCAUCAGGAUUCCCCCCAUCACAGCGUUCUGUAUGGAACGACCAAAGGAGUUCAUUUUCGGGACCGACGACUGCAGGGAACUUUAACAACAGCAGUAUACAAGGCGGUGUGUUGCUGCCACCAACAUUGGGAAGCGUUGAAUCAUUUCCAAACCGAACUUCUAUCUGGGACAACAGCAGUACUCCUAUGAUAAGCAAAUCCGAGCUAGCUGGUCGCAGUAUAACUGGUACUGUACAAGAUACCCCUACGUUCAUGACAUCAAACAUCUGGUCUAGCAACAGUCAAUAUAGUUCACCUUAUUUGGCUAGCAAUGCUCUUCAACUCCCUGGAAUUUCGAGCGGAGUGGAUGAAAGCCACAUCCUGGAUAGCAUCUACAAUGCUUACUUAGUUAUUUCCCCGCAAGAUAGCUUAAACCAGUAUGUUGCUAUUGGGAGACUAUUCCAAAACGUAGUCGGGCUUAACCUGGAUUACUCAACAUUCAUCAACAAACUGAUAAGCAUGCAGGCAACCUACAAUUGCGAGUUCUUCACUGAUAGCAAUGGAUCUAUUACGCACGUUCGAUUCAUGAGAGAAAGUCCCACAGGUCAUUCGAAAGGGCUGCUAAACCAACUCUUCAAUGGCAUGAACGAUCCAACUACUACAUCUUUCACGUCAAGGCCUCAUACCUCCGCAGCGGCCACCUUUCCGAUUGCCUCUUCAACUACGCAAACCACCUAA